GUGAAUCACAAAAAUGCCACCAGUCUCGCCAAUCUUGUUCGUCUCCCAUUUGUUGGCUGUUUUCCUCUUCUUGUUUCCAUGGCUCCGUCCAAAGACCUUAUCUUCCACAUAAAAAUGCAUGAAAACUUCCACAUUGCUUCAAAGUGCUAGAAUUAUGUUGAUGACUUUGUGAAGUUACGUUGAUUCACAGAUGGGACACUCCUCAGACUUUGAUGAAUCACAGUUUUAAUCACUCCAAGGUUUGACGAACAUCGACACUCUGAGGCCGACAGAAACGCAUGUUCAUCCGCCUCGACUUGGUGGACAAAUUAAAGAGGUACGAACACGCUUUACUUUGAACGGGUGAUGAAAAACCUGAGUCCUCGAUGGGAUUUCUUCGCAUGCAUUGGAUGAUAAAGCUGAAGUGGAAAUGCAAGAACACACUGCGCGCACAGCCUAGAGAGAUCGCGGAAUAAUAGGGUAGCACAGUUGAGGAGAGGAUCGACACUGCAAUGUCGAACUCACUGCCCAGUGUCCGUGGCUAAUUUUUUGUUCCCAUUGUCCCUCAAACUUCCCAUCGGAGUGUGUUCUUGUGCAUUGAAUGCCGACGAUCUGUCGUGUUGGGAGAUCAGGAUGAUUUGCUGAUGAGCGCUCGAGGUCUCGAACUUCAUGUGGAAGGCCGAGCGCUGGUUCCCUACGCUCGGGCAGAAUGGACGCAACGUUUAUGGCGCAAGUGAGAGACCGCGUGGCACAGGCCACGCAAGCUGUAGCAUCGUUUUAUGAUCCUUCAUCUUCGGAAGAUGUACCAGAGCUUCCAACUCUGCAGGAGCUGCUGGUGGAAUUGGCUUCGGAGGCGACGCAUCGGUGUGGACAAUGUAAGGCCAUGUUAAGUGAAGGCGCACGGUCUCGGAUCUGUUUGGCAUGCGGCGAGUUUCAACCUGCAGCGGCAAAAACACCUGAUGAGAGUUUCGAUUUCAACACAUCGCUGGCUUUGCAGUUGUUCUUCGAUUCUCUGAAGCUGGAUGGAAGCGGACUUGGAGUCAAGAAAGCUGCACAGCCAAAAUAUCAUCAGGAUUUUAUGCAAGAGAGUUCUGCAUAUGGGCAAGCACAGAAGUCAGCGCCAGAGAAUCUAACUGGAAGCGCGAAGUCAACGUAUUUCGCAGAAGUAGAUGAGGAGGAUAUUUGGGAAUCUGCCGAUGGUGAGGGUGGUGCAGUGAACUGGACUCAACACCUUGCGGAGGCCAGUGCUGGUGACUUUUUCUCCGGUUUACCAAAUGAUAACAAAUCGUUCUAUGGAGCAAAUCAAACUUUUGUGGAGACUACAACGGAUGAUUUUGACGACUUCUUCCAAGCUGCUCCCCAACCUCAACCGCAGUCUCAAACCCAAAAUCAACAACACAAUCUUGACUUCUUCCAAAAUGUAACACAAAGCAAAGGGGAUGUCAACUUCCCUAUAGUUGAUGAUAGUUUGUUUGCCCUGGGGAUACAGAAUCGUCCAGCAGCUCAGAAUCCAACCUCAGCCUCAUCCAUUCAAGAUUCAUCGGUGAAAAAGUCUACCGAGUUCCCCACAAGAGUCAGUGUUCUGGAUCAUCAAGGGAGUUCCAACGAUUUUUUUGGACAGCUUGAGGGGUUGAACUUAUCCCGCAGUCAGUCUUUGCAGGAACGUGAUAAUGAACCAGUAGCAGCUGUUAAAUCUAUUCUCAGUGAACUCCCGGAUCUGUCCUUUAUGCUUGCUGACCGUCUUGUUGUCCCCGGUGGUAAGAAGACAGUGAGUAUGUGGUCGUUCAAGGAACUAGAAUAAUCCAAAUCAGGUUGUUUAUUAGAAUGUCAUGGGUUUGUAUAAAUCCUUGUUGCUUGGCAAGUGCAUAGUUGGCUUGGAGACAAGGCCCUCGGGUGUUGUACAGAAGAUUUUCAAUAGUAGAUUCAUUUCUUUCUAAACGGAGGAACACAGAGACAUUUGGACGCUUGAGGAUUGCAGACGACGCAGUGUGGAGCUUUUCAUGAACCCAAAAAAAUUUCAUUUCAGUCUGUAAUGAGAGAAGCCAUUUUGUUCAACUUGAGACGGAUGAACUGCCAAGCUGCUAUCAAAACCUCCUCGUUCCUGUAUAUAUCAACUUCUACUCAAGGGUUUGUCAUGAAUUAGAAUACAACCACGAAAAUCUGCUUGACGUUAGCCCCAGGUUUCACCUAGAAUCAUAAGCUAACGUGAAUCGCCUCACUAACAUACUCUAGGCGCAGAAGUUGCUACUGUUUAUGGUAGGAAAUAUCACAGCCAGAAUAUCAGUUUGAUUUUACUGUCUUUCCAUAUCAUAGAUUAGACAUGGACAAGGAAAUUUUCAAUAAGAUGUUGAUGCUAUGAAGAAUGUAUAGGAGUUGAGGUUGGCAGAAGCUAUCUCUAGCAGACCCCCGUUAGCAGCUGUUAGAGGGGUUUAAGGGGCAUGUCGUGUUUUCUGAUGUUAGUGUUCUGUUCAAAGCUAUCACUCUCGUCAAAAUAGCAAACACUCUGCACUGAUUCCUUCUUCCUUGUCGUGAGCUCUCCCACCUCAAG